CAGUUGAACAGUUGAACAACAGCACUCGGAGCGUACGGAACAGUUAGCGGCUUGGGCGAAAGCGGCACACACAACUUCUCACGUACUUCAGCAAAUAUUCUAUUUCUCCACUAAAACUCAUUCCAUUCCGUUGUUCAGUGUUCGGUUCAGCACGGGUUGGUUCAAUAAAUUCAGUUUCAACCUUCAGUGGGUACUGGUGGAUUUUUUCACACACUUCUCUUGUUGUUAUACCGACAAAAGUGGUAAUCAAAAAUCGGAAAAUUAAAAGAAAUUGCUAACGACUGCACCACAUUAUAUACAUAUAUAUAUAUACGUGUAUAUAUACAAUAUAUAUAUAUAUAGUUAGUUACAAAACGCAUCACAACCAAGCCCACACGCACUCGAGUCAUCAGCAGAGCGGAGAAAAUCAGCAAAAUGGCCGAAAAUUGUGGAAAGUGCAAAAAAUCAAUUGCCAAAGAGGGUCUCGUCAUAUGCAACUCAGACGAUUGCAUGAAAAAGUUCCAUCGCACUUGUGUGAACAUCGACGAUGCAUUGUACGAUGCCAUACAGAAGAAUCCCCUGAUUUCAUUCAACUGCGAGGAUUGUAAAAAUCAAUCGCCCAAAGCCCUCGCCGUCAAGUUGCAGACGAUGGAGGAGAAAUUGAAUAAAGUCUACAAUGGCGUGAAUCAGAUCUCGACACGUAUGUAUCAGCAAUAUUUCCAAUUCGGCAAUGCGAACAAUGUCGACCCGAAGAAGCAAACGAAUAACCUCAUCGUCGUUGGUAAUAAUUGUAAUUCGGAUCGUCUGCAAGUUGUCUGCGAUUAUGGGCGUUGGGUGCAGGUGGGCAAGUUUGCCACCUCGACUAGUGAGGAUGACAUUAUCGAACAUUUGGCCGAGGAGUUGAAGAUCAAUAAGAAUCUAGUCAAAUGCACCAAAUUGGUUAAGAACGAUGCUAAUCUAUCACAAUUGUCAUAUUGUAAAUUUAAAAUUUCCAUACCGGAUUAUCGUUUCAAUGAACUAUUCAAUGAGAAUAUCUGGCCCAGUGGUGUUAUGGUCAGUCCAUUCACACCACGUUCACAAUUGAAUCAGAAUCGUAUAUAAGGCAAAGCCAUUGAAGGGCGUGUGGAUGAG